GCCGCUACCUCUCAUAAACAGCCGUCACCUCUGCCCACACCAUCCUUUCUGGCCACCGCCGUCAAUUACUCUUGUUCUCUUCUCCGACCUCACUCCUUUCUGUUCGGAACUUCUCUACUUCGAAACCAUUGUUGGUACUCCUUGUUUCUCUACUUGGACUGCACUUUCGAGUUUCGACUUGUUUCCUGAAUUCUGAUUCUGAUUGCAACGUGUGGCGGCUUCUCGCUGUUGUGGCCGUAUUUUCAUAAAGCCGCCACUCCCCUAACGGAAAGCAAGGAAUCAAGCUCUCUCUGGCUUAGUGGCGCGCUAACGACUCCUAAUAGCUAGUGAAAUCAUCCAAACAUAAUCCGAGGGCCAUGAAGACGCUUAAGUCGUGCACUAAAUCAACUUCUGUUGCGAACAAGAAGAGGAAAAGAAAAGAAGGCAGAAGUGAUAAAAAAAGGAAAGAAACUGAUAUUGAAAAACAUCAUAGCAAGCUGAACAAUGUGUAUGACGACUUAGAACAAGCAUCUGAUGAUGAGUCUCCUGAAAGCAAAGAUGUAGAAAGCAUGUCAGAAGAUCCUGAAGUUAAUGAUUCUGGACUUGGUGAAGGUUCUGAAAGUGAUGAAGAUCUUGGCCCAUCUCUUUUUAAUGAAGAAGGCAUAGAGAUCAACGGUAGAUCAACUUCUGGGGAUUCAGGGCAUUUGAGCUCCUUUGAUAUACAUUUACAGCAUCAUUUAUCAAAAGAAGAAAUCAACAACAGAAGAAAUUGGGAAUUUAAGUGGGAGGUGCCAGUGAAUGGUAUGUCAAAUUGCAAGUGGACAGGAACAGGGCAGAAUAUUUUAGAGGCUCUAGAUAUCAAUUCUUGUGAUGGUCUGAAGCCAAAGUUGUACCAGCACUGGAUGGAUGUUUACCAGAGAUCUGGGGGCAAGGCUGUUAAUUCUUCUUUACAAAAGAUGUUUUUCUCCCUGUGCAGCAGCUAUAGGGAUAUACUUCACUGUAACAAAAGACCAUUCUAUCACAAGGGUUUGGAAGACAUGAGCAUCAUGGAUGCAUACAUAAUGCAUUCACUGAAUCAUGUCUUCAGAACUAGAGACCUUGUGAAAAAAAAUGACGCCAAAUUUGCCAAGCUUGGGGAGAGUGCUGAUGGUGAUGAACUUCGAGAUCAAGGCUUUACUCGUCCAAAGGUUUUAAUUUUAUUGCCACUUGCAAGCAUCAUGUUCCGUGUUGUGAAGAGGCUUAUACAACUUACACCUCCAUCUUGCAAGCUCAAUGUGGAGCAUAUGGACCGUUUUUCCACCAAAUUUGGAAGUGAAGACGAUAAAGGCAAUGAUCAAAUGGAUGAAAAUGGGCAGGAAUCUGGAAAUGCAAAACCCCAAAAGUCAUAUAAAGGUUCCGACUUUCAGGCACUUUUUGGUGGCAAUAAUGAGGAUGACUUCAUGAUUGGCAUCAAGUUUACACGGAAAACAAUCAAGUUAUUUAGUGAUUUUCAUACCUCAGACAUCAUUGUUGCUUCACCAUUGUGCUUAGUUAAUAAAAUCGACGAGGCUAAGAGUAAUAAGGAAAAAGAUGUUGAUUAUUUGUCAUCCAUAGAGGUUCUGAUUGUUGAUCAUGCGGAUGUAAUAGCAAUGCAGGAUUGGUCUCAUGUGCAUACAGUUCUUGAACACUUGAACCGCUUACCUUCAAAGCAGCCUGGAACAAAUGUCAUGCGGAUAAGACCAUGGUAUCUUGAUGAUUAUGCUAAGUUUUACAGGCAGACAAUUAUUCUGGGUUUUUAUUCAAAUCAAGAUAUUAAUGGUUCAUUCAACCACCAAUGUUCUAAUUACCAAGGGAAGGUGAAGCUGAUCUGUGACUACAAAGGUUUGCUGCAUAAAGUUUUACCCCAUGUACCACAGAUUUAUGAACGAUUCAAUGUAGACUCAAUGGUAGAUGCAGAUGCCCGCUUUGAUUAUUUUGUUCAAAAGGUUUUCCCAAGGAUCAAAGAAUCUGAUCAGGGAGGAAUUAUGAUAUUUAUCAGUAGUUAUUUUGAUUUCAUUCGAGUACGAAAUUUUUUGAAAUCACGGGAUGCCUCCUUCUGCCUUCUUGGGGAGUACACAACCCAGAGUGAUAUUUCCCGAGCACGUCUUUGGUUCUUUGAACAAAGAAGGAAGAUUAUGCUUUACACCGAGAGAUCUCAUUUUUACCACAGAUACAAGAUUCGUGGAGUCAAGAACUUGAUCAUUUAUUCACUCCCAGAGAGAAAGGAGUUUUACCCUGAGAUUGUAAAUAUGCUUGAAGGCUCUGACAACAAUGCAUGCACUGUUCUAUUCUCUCGCCUUGACAAGUUCAAACUGGAAAGAAUUGUUGGAACUACUGCAGCCAUUAGGAUGGUGCUUGCAGAGAAGGGUGUCUUUGUUUUCUCUCAUUAGUAACUUCUUGAUGGAAAGUAGCUUUGCUUUGGUCAUGACUCGUGAGGAGGGGCUGGGAGGGAUUUUGACCAAAAGAUGCAAAAAUGGCUUUCCCAUUUAUGCUGGAUUUAUUUUUCUUUAUAUUAAGUUAUUUUUAGUUUUAUUUAACUCAGCUAAUGAUAGAAUAGUGUAUAUAUAGCACUUUAAUUAGUGUUUCUUAAUUGAGAUUUGCCCAUAGCUAGCUUGAAAAUUGUUAGUUGAAAUACAUGGGAUUAAAGUGGUAACAGCAGCGGCAUUAUAAUUGUUGUCUAUGCAACACUUUUUUCAAAAUAGUUGAUAUCAGUUUACUGUGUUUAGCCCAA